AUGAGGUUUGAGGAGAUCCUGGAUGAAGUCGGCAGUUUUUCCAGGUUCCAGUUCCUGCUCCUGUUCAUCCUGUGCCUCCCCCGUGCCAUCCUCGCCCUCCACUUCCUCCUGCACAACUUCAUCUCUGCCACCCCUCCUCACCGCUGCGCCCUCAGCGCCCUGGAGGACUGGGGCUCCGACCCCGAGGCGCUGGCCCUCAGGAUCCCCCGGCAGGACGACAGCUCCUUCAGCUCCUGCAGAAUCUAUGACCCCCCGCUGACCUUUGACCCCCUCGGCCAAGAAGAAAACAGGACGGCACCUUGUCCUCAUGGCUGGAUCUACAACCAAUCACAGUUUAGCUCCACGACGGCCACCGAGUGGGAUCUGGUGUGUGACGACAAACGGCUCAAUCAGGCCCUCGCCACGUACUUCUUCCUGGGCGUCACGCUCGGAGCCGUUCUGUUCGGGCAGCUUUCUGACAGGUUUGGUCGUAAGUCCAUGCUCCUGGUGGCUUUAAUCGCCACCACCAUGUUGGGAUUCACCUCGGCCUUCUCCACCUCCUACGUCAUGUUCGCCGUCUCCAGGGCCCUCUGCGGCGCGGCCCUCAGCGGGCUGUCGAUCAUCGGCGGGGUCCUCGGUAUCGAGUGGACAGGUGUAAAGCACCGCACCUUCACUGGUACCAUCAUGAGUUUGUCUUGGAGUGUGGGGAACAUGCUCCUGGCCCUGUUGGCCUACUACAUACAAGACUGGAGACACCUGACGCUGGCGGUGACGGCUCCCUGCAUCGCCGCCAUCAUCUCCUGGUGGUGGCUGCCUGAGUCGGCCCGCUGGCUGCUGGCCAACGGCAGGGCAGAGGACGCCCAGAAGUAUCUGGUUCAGUGCGCUAAGAUGAACGGGAAGAACGAGUCCACGUCCAAACUGGACACCGAGGCUCUGGGGAAGGUGACGGUGUCUGAGGGGGCCGAGAAGAACCACUCCUACCUGGAUCUGGUCAAAACACCUCAGCUGAGGAAGAUCACCUUCUGCUCCGGACUGUUCUGGUUUGCAGUUGCCUUCCUGUACUACGGGAUCAGCUUCAGGAUCUCAGGUUUCGGAGUCAGUAUCUACCUCACACAGUUCAUCUAUGGCGCCAUCGAAGUUCCCGCCAAAAUCCUCACCUUCUUCGUCCUGGACUGGAUCGGCCGGAGGAACGGCCAGGCGUGGUUUCUGAUCACAACAGGAGCCCUGAUCGGGAUAAACACUGCCGUACCUUUAGAGUACUCUGUGCUUCGAACGUGUAUCGCUGUGGUGGCGAAGGGUUUCUCCGAGGCGGCGUUCACCACAGCGUUUCUCUACUCAGCGGAACUCUACCCAACCGUCCUCAGGCAGCGUGGUUUAGGCUACACGUCCUGUGUCUGCCGGAUCGGAAGCUCCCUGGCUCCCAUGAUCAUGCUGCUGGAGGACGUCUGGCUUCUUCUGCCGCCGCUGAUCUUCGCUGGGACGGGGAUCGUCAGCGGCGGCUUGGUCUUCCUGCUCCCGGAGACGCUCAACGUCCGUCUGCCCGAAAACAUCUUGGAUGUCGAGGAGGGAAGACACAGGCAGAGUGAAGCAGAUGCAAAGAUUGAGCUGCAGAAAAUGGACUCGGCGGGACCUCAGGACACCUGA